GUCCGGGAAGAAGUACUGUAGACACUACUAAUCCCAAGGCUGUAACUCUCUGGCUGUAACUGACAGUUUCCUGAACGCUUCAUUUGUUUAUAUGGACUGAACAUUGACAUCGUGAUCUGCGGUGUAGAAAAUCAUGACCACCUUUUCCUCGCUUCGGGCAAGAGGAAAGAAAACGGAGAAAAUAAGUUUCAACUUUCAUGAGAAGAUUGCCAUGAUGUUCCCCAAGGAUCCAUGCUUUGUUGGUAGUGCAAUGUAGAACUUACGAAGAUUUUACUGAUGAACUUAAAGAAUUUUUUUUCCAAAUCUGAGAUCUAAAAGUGUAACACUAUAUUUAUUGGGUUGUUUUUCUCUUGGUACAGGGUUCCACUGGUUCUUUGAGGAUAGGUGUGAAAUGCGUGCUCUCAAGGGAAAAAACAACCAACGACGCCUGUGGUCCCGUUCGAAGGGGGCGGGGUAUCUGUCGGACAUAUAAAUGAGGACCGAUGCACGCGUCGUCCCAGACUUGUCUACCGUCAUGGAGAGAAGGGAGUACCACUGCAAAAAGUGUCGGGUACAUGGCAUAGAAGUGCCACUGAAGGGCCACAAGGGCAAGUGUCCAUGGGACAAGUGUGGUUGUGACGGUUGCUUACAAGUCGUGAGCUACCGACGCCAACAUGUUCACGACGGUCGGGCCAUGACAGCUUCGGAUGUGAUUAACAUCGCCAACCUCAGCAGAAAAGCGGGAAGGCCUGCGACCGAGAGCACCACAGCCCAAACUACCAGACGACAGGAGGCGAGGGGUGUGAGAAACACAGCAAUGUAUCGCGCUCUCAACAAGAGUAUGGAGGAGCUGGCCCACCAUACACCUACAGUGCACCCUAUACACCACAUCAAGAAAGCCGUUUUAGAUUUCACCGAACAGCAGUCAAGGUCAAAGGGAAAGGCGACGCCACACAACAAACAUGACAAAUACAGCUAUUUACCCACGGCCAUCUACCAGUCGUAUCCAGUCAAAUCUGGGAGUUGCCGCCGCGAAGCCGAGGCCUACCCGCGCCCAGGUUCAUCCCACCAGUCCGAGGCCUAUCCGCGCCCAGGUUCAUCCCACCAGUCCGAGGCCUACCCGCGCCCAGGUUCAUCCCACCAGUCCGAGGCCUACCCGCGCCCAGGUUCAUCCCACCAGUCCGAGGCCUAUCCGCGCCCAGGUUCAUCCCACCAGUCCGAGGCCUAUCCGCGCCCAGGUUCAUCCUACCAGUCCGAGGCCUAUCCGCGCCCAGGUUCAUCCCACCAGUCCGAGGCCUAUCCGCGCCCAGGUUCAUCCUACCAGUCCGAGGCCUAUCCGCGCCCAGGUUCAUCCCACCAGUCCGAGGCCUAUCCGCGCCCAGGUUCAUCCCACCAGUCCGAGGCCUAUCCGCGCCCAGGUUCAUCCCACCAGUCCGAGGCCUAUCCGCGCCCAGGUUCAUCCCGCCAGGCCGACGUCGAUGACGAUGUCCGGACACUAACCGAGAUGUUUCCGGGAGCACAAGAGAACCUGGGGUUGUCCCUGCUCUACGAGAUUAGGGGUAAUGCGGACAACAUGGAACAGGCCGUAGGGAACCUGAUCGCCAUCAUGUCUGGGCCGACCACACCAUCGCCAAAACGGAACUGUCCUCCCAGACUGACAAGGCUGUCGAACAUCUUUCCUGAGGUUGGCAAAGGAAUCCUCAAGGCUGUAAGCCAGCAGGCCGACAACACCCCAUCGGCGGUGGAGACCAUCCUGCGCCUAUGCUAUUCACCAGACACCAGACCUGCAGCAUCCAGCAUCGGGCCGACUCCAGUCUGCGCGGGCCCUCGCGGCAAACGAAAGGCACAGAGACUGGACUUUGGUAGCUCUAGUGAGGUCCAGUACACUCCUGGGUGCCGGACGCCCAGGGCAAGGGCUCCCAGUGGACGCGUCGUCAACUUCAACAGGGACGUGGAAUCUGCUCUGCAAGCCGCGGAGGAGGCGGAGAACACUUCGGGGGGUGGCACGUACACUAUCACACCAACCAGGACCCCGACAGUGCCAGCGGAAGACAGACGCACACCCGUCAAGAAGCGAGUUAUUGCUUGUAAGCAAUGCGGCACAUCUUGUGACCGGCUGGCCAAAUUCUGUCAUGAGUGUGGUGGACAAUUGUCCAACAGAUCUCAUAGGUACUGAGACAGAAUCUAUGCAGGUCGCACGUUGUGCCACAUGGAUUUGUUUGAGUAGAGUAAUCUCCGAGCACAGGUUAGCGUGGAAAAUCGUGACCUUUUCCAUAUAUGCCUUAUUUUCCAAUCAAUCUCCACUGAUCGAAAAAUACGGAAUAUAAGGUCAAGGUCACGAUCUUCCACACCAACCUCUGCUUGCAGAGAAUUAGUAGAGUUGAGUUCGUCAAGCCAGAUAGUGACAGUUGGUUCCUUUUUAGUCCGCCGUUGUACCUUAGUUGUUUUUUAUAACUUUCUCACAUAUUGAAAUGUGUUGCUGUACAAAACCUGAACUCACUUCAACAUGUGUGUCCAUUUCUGUUCUAACCAUCGUUAUAGAUCUAGAACUGCCAUUAUUUGUCGCUGUCCCGCAUAUGGGCACGAGUUGUUUAUUUUACAAUGGCGAUCUUUAUUUUGCAUGUUCUUGCUCAUGUGGGCAGUAGUUACAUGAAACGUUUCUGUAAAGAAUCUUUAGUGUCAGUGGGAAAGACAGAACUAAGGGUAUGCUAUGUACACUACCAGUACAUCUAUCGUUUACAAAACAGCCAAAUGUGCAAUUUACAUGCUUCUUUGCUCUACUUGAAACAAGUGUAUGCGUUUUAAGAAUAAAGUUGUUCAUUCAUGAACCCA